AGAGUGUACUAGAGCUUAUAGUACACUCUAGUAUGGUGGCUAGAGGGGCAUAUCAUUUGCAUGCAUAGACAGCCUUGUACUGAACUGUUAACAGUCAAUUUAAUGAAUAUUGCGAGCUAUGUCAGCUCUGCUGAGUAAUGUAUUAUCGUUGAACAAACCUUUAGCAUACCAGUUAAUACGAGCAUUAAGCCCGAACGAACUGUGGAGAAGCCUACGGUCGGUAAUUCCGGACACCCAUCUCAGUGCAACGUUCUCGCCUACAUCGGCCGAUGAUCUGGUGCUCGCUUUGCAGAACAGUUUCGUCUCACUCGGUGACCUCGUCAAGUGGCUGGAACUUGUCCAUGCCUUCGACGCUUUGCUCCUCUUGAAGCCGGACGAGCCCGUCGUUAUACGAGAGCAUCCGCAGCCGCGUCUCGAACUGGAAGCUAGAGCCGACGUGGUGCUCCGGCUGACGUGCCGUGCCUCGUCCUUUCCACCGCCGAAUUACCAAUGGUUUUGCGACGGCCAGCCACUCUUCUGUGACGAGUCGAUCUACGCAAGCCCUGUUCUCGAAAUCCGCAACCCGACUCCGGCGCAUUCGGGAAUUUACACGUGCCGCGCUUGGAGCGUACGGGGCUCGGAAAAGUUCUCCAAACCGUGUAAAGUCAUCGUGAAGUGCCCAGCUUCGCGCGACAGUGCUUCCAGGGAGUUGGCGCCUCUUUCCGCGGCCGACAAGGUAGCCUUGAUUAUUAGCAACUCGGCUUAUUUGGGCGGUGACACGCUGCCCCUUACCGAAAACGACGCGGAAAGCUUGGGCAAGGCGCUGGCGGCACUAGAGUUCCGCAUCAUAGCGUUCAAGAACCUGCGCAAAGGUGACAUAGCGUACGCAUUAAGCAUAUUUAGGCAGUUCCUCAAACCCGGCACGUACAGCGUUUUCUACUACGCGGGUCACGGAUUUAAAGAAGACGGCCGGGACUACAUUCAGCCGGUCGAUUGCGACGACAACGCACCCGCCGACGACUGCGUCUGUUUCCAGGAGAUUGUCGAAGAAAUUAGAUCCGCGCCGUGCAGCCUCAACUUGAUUAUAUUGGACGCUUGUAGAGACACCCGGGAGCUGCCGAGUUCGUCCGCUGUCGGGUCGACUUCGCGGAUUAGUGGAAUGAAAGCGCAACACGUUAGGAGAAGCACAAUCGUCGUUUACGCUACAUCCCCUAGCACUUCGGCUGUAGAAGUGGAUGGUCAUCCAAACGGCCUCUUUAUGGAGCAUUUCAGUAAACACGUGGGUAAGACGGCCAGUGUUCACGAGGUGAUCCUCCAGAGUCUAAAGGAUUUUGAAAGGCACAAGCUUGCCAGCAUGCAAGUGCCCGUGGUUAAGUACGACAUUCCAGGUGACCACUCCCUUAGUGACCCCAUCUUGGACAGCCCAGUGUACUACGAAAACAAGCGCCUUUGGUCACGCAUUAGCCGUCUUCCGCAAAACAAGAAGUUUCAGAUUGGCGACACUGAGCACACCCUACACGUUGAGUUUUCGUGUGAAAAAGAGGUGUUUUGCAACAGCAUGGUAGUAGCUGCAUCUGUCGUACCUCAUAUUUCAAACAUUCAUGUGGACUUGCAGGUAGUGGAAUGCUGUGGUGGCACUGUGCUGCGUCACUCCACUUCUGUUGUGAUCUGUGACUUGCAGAGUGUAACAUCACGAGUGCACUUCAAUGUUGUUCUAAGAGAUCUAGACUCGGGACGAACCCUGUACUACAGGAACAUUAACUGCGGUUGGCCUCUGGUUUCUGCUUGGCGCUUUCACAGUGAUAUUGCUUGUGUUGGCUGAGAUUUUUCACAUAGUGGCUCACUCAGGAUGACUGAAGUCAUAUUCGCUUGUUCUGUUGCUAGCAUUUUAUGGAUUUUGUGCUAUUGUGGAAACUUGCUUUUUUGUGUGUGUUGUUACUAUAUUUGUAUAGCAGUGCGUGUAUGUUUCUGAAAAUUCCUUUAUUGCCAAAAUGUACUCAUAUCACCUCAUAUUACCAUCCUUACUCAUAAAACAACUUAUUGUUUAUGGGGAAGCCAAUGACAAGACACUUGCCAUUGUUAGCAGUUUCACCCAUAUUGAGCUCACAGUUAGGCAUGUAGAAGUUGUUUUAUUGGAACACCAUAUUCUUGUGUCAGGGGGACAGCAGGGUUGGUGUUUACGAAACUCUUACAACAUACUGAGUCACUGCCCAUAUACUUCCCUCUUUAUGAUAAAUAAUUUCAUAAACGGGCUCAAUGAAGUGUCUGGAAGCUCAGAUUCCCUUGCAGGAGCAUAUGUAACUACACAAGCCAAGGAUUUCUACUAGUAUCCACAAGUGUCCUCGAACCUGAAGGUCCUAUAGGAACCCAUAUUAUUUUUUAUUAAAAACUGCAUUGCCUCACAGAAUGGCCCUGACAUCGCAGUAAAUGGGCGAAAGUUUAUCGAACACUGUUGACAGAUACUUGCAAAGCAUCUCAGGUAUUAGAAAAACCUGGCAUUCCUCUAGACUCUAUAAAUUAUUUGUGCUUUUAACACAGACAUCACCUGCCCCACUCUUUGAGCAAAGUUGCAGGCUUCAGCAGUGUCGGCAAUGGCUUCGAUAUUGUGAUAACAAGACCCUUUAGGUGCUGUGCCUGAGCAUACUUGUGUAGCCGCUGAUGCACACUGGGACCAUGCCCGAGAUAAUUUGUGAAUAUUAAACAUCCAUAGCCUGGUUCUGCAAUCUAUGGACAAAGUUGGUUAAACUAAGUAUCUAUGGUAGGCUUUAUUUUUAUAGAACAGAUGACACGACAAAGCUUAGUGACUGCGGGUGUUGCUCACAUGACAUGACAAGAACUUUAUUAGAGUCCUGAGGAACUGAUAUUUAGGGGAGCCGAAGGCCCCCCCAGAUCAAGUCGGUGGCUCCGCCCACAAUGGGACCGGAAGUCGAAGUUCCGUCGCGAUGUCGCGGGCCCUCUGGGUGGCCCCUCUCAAUUUCCUUUUGCACUGGGAAAGAUGCAAGCCACCACUGACCAUCUGCAUCGGAUAGAAGUGUGUUCGUUGGCACAUUCAACAAAAGAAACUGAAAGUUCUUAAUAUGGUUGCCUAUGACUGAGAUCAUAGCUGAGCUCAUUGGGUGGGAUAAGAGGUGCCAUGGCCUAUUGGGUAAGGAGGUGGACACAAAUUGUGUCUUGUAAGUUUAAUUAUUUUUCAGGCACUGCAUGGAAGAUCUUGUAUCUCAGUUGAAAUGACAGUGAAUAACCAUAAAGAUGCUCUAAGUGAAAUGCCAAAUGCUACUGCAAGUGGGAAAUGUGCAAGUUUAUAGCUUUUUAUGAAAGUGUUUGUUUGGCUGCUUGUGUCCACCUGCAUUUCAUACCUGCUUAGGAAAACACUUGGUUGAAAAUCCUAGGCGUAGCAUCCCAACUGCAGUCAAUUGUCUGAUUUGAUGAUUCAUGUUUCAGCAGAAAUAAGUCAUGCAGUUUGUAGAUGUGAAUAUUCUCUUCUUGUGAGGACACCUUGCACAAAUUUUGUUGGAUUCUUUUUAGGCGCAACAUUCAUCGCGCUUGCAGUGGUGAGACAUAGAAAAGGACAUUGCAUCCUUAGCGAAUUAAAGCGCUUUUCACUUUGGCAUGAAGCUUUGACAACAAUAAGCAUGCUCACUGAAAUCGAAAAUGUGGUGUUAGCGUACAUAAGUGUAGAUUUAUGGUUCAAUUGGCCAGUUCUUUUCGAGUAGUGGGUGUAACACAAUGGAGGUGUGGUCAACAGUGAUGUAAAUAUUUCUCAACAGUUUUUCAAUAUUUCUCAACUCCUACCUUCGUUGCAAAGCCUGGUGCCACCAUCCGUGAUGUAAGUGCCUUGCUGGACUUUGUACCACACUCCACAACCUCCACCGUAAUCCUUCAUGCUGGCACUAAUGACUUAGCAUCGAGCACAGGGUGAGUCACUUUCAAGCGUUACCGCAAGUUCUUGAACCAUGUCGCACGUGAACUUGCCAGCAUAAACGGGUCUACACAACUUUGAUCCUUCCACAAUCAUCGAACCGCUAAUGACCCUACGAAAGUGAAAGCCGUGGUCUUUCGCUUCAUCAAGAAGGCCUGCCAUUUACACAGCCUCUCGCGGAACUUUUGUCGCCGGUCAAAAAAAAUUUUUAGAUUGACCAUGGCAUUGAAUGGAUUUCCCUGAUGCGUCUUCUGUCGCUGACAGCCUGCAUCUCGAUUUGAAGGCAUGGCAAUCGUUGCAAGCUACAUCAAGUGCAUUUUUUUCAAAGCCACUUCUCUUGCACUGUACUACAGUUACGAAGCAAGCACUGAUCCCACUUCGUGUCAACAGCCACGAUAUAUGUAUUACCUCGCAUUUGUUACAUUUCUUUGUUUACUUGUUUGAAAUGUUGCUAACUUGAAGUGAAAUGGCAUCAUUUAUAUAUAGUCUGUAUAUCAUGCUAAGGAAUUUGAUGUGCCCCGCCACGGUGGUCUAGUGGUUAUGGCGCUCGACUGCCGACCCGAAGGUCGCGGGAUCGAAUCCCGGCCGCGGCGGCUGCAUUUUCGAUGGAGGCGAAAAUGUUUGAGGCCCGUGUACUUAGAUUUAGGUGCACGUUAAAGAACCCCGGGUGGUCGAAAUUUCCGGAGCCCUCCACUACGGCGUCUCUCAUAAUCAUAUCGUGGUUUUGGGACGUUAAACCCCAGAUAUUAUUAUUAAGGAAUUUGAUGUGUUUCGGCAAAUUAUAAAACAGGGCUAGAGUCACUGUUUUCAACUAAAUAAUUACUAGUCGAAAACUUUUUACACUUUUUGCAGCACAGCAAUGAGGAAGAAGAAAUGGCUGAGGGGUCAGAAAGGGAAGAGAAGGAGUUGUGACUUCCAACUGAUUUUUUCUUUCUAGGAUGCAUGAAAUAUACCACGGUACUCAUGCUUACAUAUGUUAUAUAUGCCAUGAAGUGCUUUGUGCAGAAUGAUGUGUUUUGGUGUGUAUACAGUAUGGAAUCUUUUCUGUAAACAGGCCUGUCAUGUUUGUUUUCUUUGAGUUGUAUAUAUUUCAUACAUUCUGCAACUAGAAACCAAUUUGAAGUUCAUGCUCUUUCUUGUCCUUUAUUGGCCCCUUGACCAUUCAUUCCAUUAUUUUUCGUGCUAUAAGAAGUCUGAAAAUGCAACAACUCGUCCAGUUUUAAGCUCUUGACAGCAACAUUGUCAACAUUUGCCUUUAUGUCAUUCCACACCCUAAGGGCUUUCUUUUUGCCUUAUUUACUGUGUGUGUGACAUAACUGGCAAGAUGAAAGUUCAGGUCAGGGUAACAUUGAGGCCUUCAGUGAUGAGAAAUCGUUGAGAAAUCAUUAUGAAUGUUGCUGGACUCAUCUUUCCAAGAGGAAAGCAUUUCAACGAGAAGAAAAGUCCCCUUGUUGAAAUGUUGCCUCCAGAAGCAUAGCCUUCCUUGUUUGGCAGUUUCUUGUAGAUGUCGAAAUGCAGUUUGUUAGCUCUUACCACUGCUUUGCUAGACUAAAGUGAAAAUUUUUCGUAUGGAAUGUAACUUUUGCCCGUUUCCUGUUGUAUUACAAUAGGCAUUGUUUUCAAGUUACAAUUAAUAGUUACUCCCCAUAUCCUUGUUAAUAUCUCUCUCUGCUGUUUCUAAUCCUUCCCACCUGCCAUUAAGUAAAGCAAGCUUUCUUUUUUU